AUGCUGGUGGUCAGCGACCCAGAUGCCUUGCUGUGCCUCCUCCUGCUCCUGGCCCCCCACGGCGCUGGGCAGGGGCGUCCUCCUCGGCGCAGGUUUGAGUACAAGCUCAGCUUCAAAGGCCCAAGGCUGGCAUUGCCCGGGGCUGGAAUACCCUUCUGGAGCCACCACGGAGACGCCAUCCCGGGCCUGGGCGAAGUGCAGCUGGCGCCGUCCAUGAGGCACCGCAGUGGCGCCGUGUGGAGCAGGGUCUCUGUGCCCUUCUCCACCUGGGAGGUGGAGACUCACAUGAGGGUGACCGAGCCGGGGCGCCUGACCGAGCCGAGGCACCUGACCGAGCGGGGGCGCCGGGGAGCCCAGGGCAUGGUCGUGUGGUACACCCGGGACAGGGGCCACGUAGGCUCUGUGCUGGGGGGCUUGGCCCCGUGGGACGGCAUCGCCAUCUUCUUCGACACCUCUGCCGAGGGCCAGAACAGCCCUGUCAUCCAUGUGCUGGCCAGUGAUGGGCAAGCCCCCUAUGAGCAGCUUGGGGACGGAGCUGGCUGGGUGCUGGGCUCCUGUCAUCGGGACUUCUGGAACCGGCCACACCCCUUCAGAGUGAGGAUCACCUACUGGCAGCAGAGGCUGCGUGUGUCCUUGAACAGCGGCCUCCCUCCCAGCGAUCCAGAUGAGGUCUGUGUGGAUGUGGGGCCCCUGCUUUUGGUCCCUGGAGGUUUCUUUGGGGUCUCAGCAGCCACCAGCACGCUGGCAGGCGACCAUGACGUCCUGUCCUUCCUGACCUUCAGUCUCAGUGAGCCGAGCCCAGAGCCUCCCCCUCUGCCCUCCCUGGAGAUGGAGCAGCUCCGCCUGCAGAGGCAGCUGGAAGGGCUGCAGGCAAGGCUGGCCCUGGGCACCAGGGAGGACAUAACUCCACAGCCAGACUCUGAAGCUCCGGGAGAUGGGGAAAGGCUCUCUGACCUGGAGGAGACACUGGGCAGACACAGCCGGGUCCUGCAGGCUCUCCAGGGCCUCUCCGAGCAGUUGGCCCAGGCUGACAGGCAAUGGAAGACGCAGAUGGGGGCCCCAGGCCAGGCCAGGCCUGAGGGAAGCUGGGACUCUGCCAAAGUCCGUGCCCUGCUCCAUGGACAGCGCACUCUGCUCCAGACCCUGCAAGAGAUGAGGGAGGCAGCAGCCCGCAUGGCCUCAGAAGCCCGGGUCUACCUGCCUGUGGGUGCCGAGCAUCAUUUCUUAGAGCUGGACCAGAUCCUGAGCCUCCUGCACAAGGACCUUCGGAGCCCAGCGAAAGCAGCAGCCAAGGCUCUCUGCACACCUGGCUGGCCCCCAGGGGCCUUCUCAUGCCUGCGACCCGGCAUCUUCCUCUUCUUCCUCCUCAUUCAGACUGUAGGCUUCUUCUGCUACGUGCACUUCAGACAGGAGCGGGACAAGAGCCUUUGGGAGUGUCUGUCCACAAGCAGCCCUCCUCCGGUUCCUGCAGCACACAUCCCUAGGGCCCUGGGAGCUCUGAGGAGGCAGCCGCUGCCCCCCAGCAUGCAUGCCUGA